AUGAGGCAAGCACACUUGUAUACCUGUCAACAAUAUUACAGCAUUAUCUAUAUUCUGUGUCCUCUCAUAUGCAAACAUGAGUGCACAGGUGUGUUAAACUAGCUUUUUUUUGGAUGUGAAUACUGUUCAUUUUGCAGAUGUUAUAAUGGUGUGGACCGUUGACUCAUGGUGGCAGGCACUGUAGUUUCUGACACCUUGCCUAAUUCAUUAUGCAUGUGCGAUUGAGCUGCAUUGACAGUGAUGAAAAUGAUCUUUAUUCAAGAGACCACUUCUUGAAUUUUUACGUGACUGCUGGGUGCGUGACAAUGACCAACAAGUGCACUUUUUCAAUUCAGCUCGACACACCCCAAGGAAACCAUGCCAGCUCGAUUCGAUGUGCACAAGACAUGUCCCCAGAUUCGCUGAGCUUGGCUAACAUCUAGAAAGCAGAUCACCAACCACGUUGAAAACAAUGGAAUUGUCUGAAGUUCGAUGUUCCAGUGCAAGCGAAGAACUCUACACCAUCAACAGGACGCCAACCAGCAACAGCAGCACGCGACCCAAAAGGUUGUUGUGGCAGAACGCGGUUCGACACAUCACUGAGCAGAGGUUCAUCCAUGAGCAGAGCGAAGCGAAAGGCAUCACACCAGAUGAGCACUACGACCAAAGCCUACGGAAACAGUCUGCGGGUAGAACCUCGGUAGGCGACAGACACAACAAUGGGGGAACCAAAGUCUUCCCUGAGCGUGCGAGCAGUGACCUAGGAUUUCUCCAAAUCGAUUGCGCUCCGAGCAACUCAGACUUUUUCUUGAACUGGGGCUACACAUACAGAGGCGUAAUAUUCCCCACUCUACGCAAUUCUUUCAAAUCUCGGGACCUCGAGUGUCUGUACCAACGCUACUUUUUGGGCCAGAGGCGCAAAUCGGUGGUGGUGAUGAACAUUUUGGAUGUGGUGACCAAACUAACCCUGUUGGUUUUACAUUUAACUCUUGCAUCUUCGCCAAUGGAUCCCAUCAAAGGAAUGCUCUUGGGCUUUUUCACUGGCAUCGAAGUGGUCAUUUGUGCCUUAGUGGUAGUCCGAAAAGACACGACCUCUCACAGCUAUCUGCAAUACAGCGGCGUGGUGACGUGGGUGGUCAUGGCCACUCAGAUUUUGGCGGCUGGAUUGGGCUACGGACUCUUGGGCGAUGGAGUCGGAUACGUGCUUUUCACCCUCUUUGCCACUUACAGUAUGCUUCCCUUGCCUCUCACUUGGGCUAUUCUGGCUGGUUUGGCCACCUCAACACUCCACAUUGUUGUACAGCUAUUCAUCUCCCCAAAUGCACAGCUCUCCACAAAUCAGGUGGUGGCCCAGGCAGUGUUGUUCAUGUGUAUGAACACGGCUGGGAUCUUUAUCAGCUACCUGUCGGACCGCGCCCAGCGCCAGGCCUUCCUGGAGACCAGGAGGUGCAUCGAGGCCAGGCUCCGUCUGGAGACAGAGAACCAGAGACAGGAAAGGCUGGUGUUGUCCGUUUUACCCCGGUUUGUGGUAUUGGAGAUGAUCAACGACAUGACAAAUGUGGAUGAUGAGCACCUCCAGCACCAGUUUCACAGAAUCUAUAUCCAUCGCUAUGAGAAUGUCAGCAUUCUUUUUGCAGACGUUAAAGGAUUCACAAACCUCUCGACGACGCUAUCGGCACAAGAGCUGGUGCGAAUGUUGAACGAGCUCUUUGCACGCUUCGACCGUCUAGCCCAUGAGCACCAUUGUCUGAGGAUUAAGAUUUUAGGAGACUGCUACUACUGUGUGUCCGGUCUUCCUGAACCUCGACAGGACCACGCUCAUUGCUGUGUAGAGAUGGGCCUCAGCAUGAUUAAGACAAUCAGAUAUGUAAGAUCACGCACAAAGCAUGACAUCGACAUGCGAAUCGGGAUCCAUUCGGGAUCGGUCCUGUGUGGGGUGCUGGGACUGAGAAAGUGGCAGUUUGACGUGUGGUCGUGGGACGUGGACAUCGCCAACAAGCUGGAGUCAGGGGGGAUCCCUGGACGAAUCCACAUCUCCAAGGCGUCCCUGGACUGCCUGAAUGGUGACUACGAGGUAGAGGAAGGCCAUGGCAAGGACCGCAAUGAAUUCUUGCGCCGCCACAACAUCGAGACGUACCUGAUCAAGCAGCCCGAAGAGAGCCUACUCACGCUGCCCGAGGACAUCAUGAAGGAGGCGACCAGCACCGACCGACGAGUCAGCAGUGCCACCUUCAACCAGGGCUCCUGGAGUCCCGAGCUGCCCUUCGACAACAUCGUGGGCAAGCAGAAUACUCUGGCUGCCCUAACAAGAAAUUCUAUAAAUCUGCUUCCAAACCAUCUCGCACAAGCUUUGCAUAUCCACUCUGGUCCUGAGGAAAUUAACAAGGGAAUAGAGAGUGCCAUCGACUUACGGAGUGGUGAUAAGUUGAGAAGAGAGCAUAUCAAGCCUUUCUCACUGAUGUUUAAAGACUCCAGCCUGGAAGAAAAGUAUUCCCAAAUGAGGGACGAAGUGUUCAAGUCCAACCUGGUGUGCGCCUUCAUUGUGCUCAUCUUCAUCACGGCCAUUCAGAGCCUGCUGCCUUCUGCCAGGAUGGUUACCAUGGUGAUCCAGUUUUCCGUGCUCAUCGUCCUGCACUCAUUCCUAGUCCUGGUGACCACGGCGGAGGACUACAAGUGUCUGCCGUUGGUCCUGCGAAAGUCCUGCUGCUGGAUCAAUGAGACCUACAUGGCCCGCAACGUCAUCGUCUUUGUCUCCAUCCUCAUCAACUUCCUGGCGGCCAUGAUCAACAUUCUGUGGUGUGAUUUUGACAAGUCCAGCACCUUCAGCAACCAGACCUUCAACACAUCCACCCCCAUCCCUGACAUCUGCUACUACCCUGAGUAUUUUGUGUUCACGGGGGUGCUCGCCAUGGUGACGUGUGCGGUGUUCCUGCGACUUAACUCGGUCCUAAAGCUCGCUGUGCUCCUGGUCAUGAUUGCUAUCUACUCCCUACUCACUGAAGCCUUCUACACCUCCCUGUUUUUACGCUACGACUAUGUCCACCACAACACAGAAAACUUCCUUGGGACAAAAGAGACCUCCUUGCUUCUGAUGGCUAUGUUCCUCCUUGCUGUAUUUUACCACGGGCAGCAGCUGGAAUACACUGCCCGGCUGGAUUUCCUCUGGCGUGUCCAGGCCAAGGAGGAGAUCAACGAGAUGAAGGAGCUCCGGGAACACAAUGAGAACAUGCUCCGGAAUAUUCUGCCAAGUCACGUUGCCCGCCAUUUCCUGGAGAAGGAUCGGGAUAAUGAGGAGCUUUACUCCCAGUCUUACGAUGCUGUGGGUGUGAUGUUCGCCUCCAUCCCGGGCUUUGCCGACUUCUACUCCCAAACAGAGAUGAACAACCAAGGAGUGGAGUGUCUGCGCCUCCUCAACGAGAUCAUUGCCGACUUUGACGAGCUGCUUGGUGAGGAACGUUUCCAGGACAUUGAGAAGAUUAAGACUAUCGGCAGCACAUACAUGGCAGUCUCCGGACUGUCACCAGAAAAACAACAAUGUGAGGACAAGUGGGGUCAUCUGUGUGAGCUGGCCGACUUUGCCAUCGCCCUGAACGAAAGCAUCCAGGAGAUCAACAAGCACUCCUUCAACAACUUUGAGCUAAGAAUUGGCAUGGCACAUGGCUCGGUGGUGGCGGGUGUGAUAGGCGCCAAGAAGCCCCAGUACGACAUCUGGGGCAAAACAGUGAACCUGUCGAGCCGCAUGGACAGCACAGGCGUGAGUGGCAAGAUCCAGGUGCCUGAGGACACCUACCUGAUCCUGAAGGAGCGAGGCUUUGCCUUUGAGUACCGUGGCGAGAUCUACGUGAAGGGCAUCAGCGAGCAGGAGGGCAAGAUCCGCACACACUUCCUGAUGGGCCGUGUGCAGCCCAACCCGCUCAUCAUGCAGCCGCGCAAGCUCCAGGGCCAGUACUCGCUGGCAGCCGUGGUGCUGGGCCUGGUCCAGUCGCUCAACCGACAAAAGCAGAAGCAGAUCCUGAACGAGAACAACAACUCGGGCAUCAUGAAGGGCCAUCACCACUACAACAGGAGGACGUUGCUGGCCCCUGGGGGGGCAGAGGUUGGCCAUGCCGAAGUGGCAGAUAAGACUGAGUUGCCCUGAAGAGGCCCACUGCAAAAAGGCAGGGAGGGAGGGGACUUGACAGGACUGUGCUUUCUGUUUUCAUCCACCCUCAUUGCAUCGAUUUGUCCAUUCAUCCAUCUGUCCAGCCAUCAAUCUAUCUAUCCUUCUGACAAUUCAAUGUUCUGCCUACUAUACACCCUAACCCCUUGCCUGGUGUCAAUGUUUCUGUUUUGUAUUUAUUUUAUAUAAGAGAACACAAUAAAGGAGUUUAAUUUUUUAUAGAUAA